AAAGCCGCACGCGCAGAGGCGACCCGGUGUGGCGGCUGGCUGGUAGCGGUCUGUGACCGGUGAAUUAUUACCGUGUUUUAUAUCCUUCAACCGGGAGUUAAGGCGUAAAACCGGAUGCCUCUAUGAGCCAGUUAACCUCCCAGCGUGAUAAACAACGACCAGUUUACACAAGAGGUGAGCCAUGGCUGAACCGAACUCCUCCCGUCCUCAGAGGAAGAUGUCCACGGCUGGGGAGAGUGUGUACAAGGUGCUAGGGCUGGAAAAGGGAGCCUCAGCUGAGGACAUCAAGAAAGCAUACAGAAAACUCGCUCUGAAGUAUCACCCUGAUAAGAAUCCAGACAACCCAGAGGCAGCGGAGAAGUUUAAGGAGAUAAACAACGCUAACUCCAUUUUAAACGAUGAGACCAAGAGGAAGAUCUAUGACGAGUAUGGCUCCAUGGGCCUCUACGUGUCCGAGCAGUUCGGAGAAGAAAGCGUCAAGUACUACUUCCUCAUGUCCAAAUGGUGGUUUAAGGGUCUGGUCCUCUGCUGCACACUGUUCACCUGCUGCUGCUGUUGUUGCUGUUGCUGUUUCUGCUGUGGGAAGUGUAAACCACCUGAAGACGAUGACUCAUACCAGUAUGUGGACCCUGAGGACCUGGAGGCCCAAAUCAAAGCUGAGCAGGAUGGAGGAAACACAAUAAUCAUAAUCCAGCCCAAAUCUAAUCUGGGCCCAGAAACCCCAGAGGGCCAGAAUCAGCCCAUCCCGUUGCCUAUGCCCAUGUCUCCAUCUGAGCCACAGUCGCUGACAUCUGCCAAUUCGCCAGAGGGCGUGAACCCAGGAGAGACCGUGCCAGAGUCAAAAUGACUCGACGUUGACAGUCUGCAGGAGCCUCAGCCGACAGGAGCCUUCAGAGCUCCUGUUAUGACUAAGCUACAUUUAACUGCUGCCAACAACCCAGAGAUCAACCAGCCCGAGCUCACAGCUUCCUCCUGACCACCGCAUCCUUCCUGACCUACGCUCUGCACCACGUCUGUAAGGUGGCCACUUCAUGAACCCAGCGUCUUGGAGGACUCUCGUGCAGACCAACCUUCUAGCUGGGCUCUGACGAGGCAGAGACCCUUACUGAAGCCUCAGACCAGCUGGUCCAAGUCAAACCUCAAUCCUUUUCCUGUUUCCUGCUGACAACAUACUCCAGUUUGUGCUGGAUGAUCUUGUCAGCAGUUUGCUUAUGCAGGACCUGACCUGCCGACACGCCUGAACCGGACGCUAAUCAGGUCACGUCAUCCCAUUUCAACCAGUAAGAGACACUGGGCAAGGAGACUUCAAAAACAGAGGAAUAUAACGGAAGCAAAAACGUAACUGGAAGGAGAAUCUCAUUGUUUAUCCUCUACCCGGACCUGGAAUGGAUUUAUUUAUGUUCUCUGUACCUGCUCCUUCAUAUUGGUGACCGUCGGGAGCACUUCUGUUUGCGUUCUCCCUCUUGUUCUACGUUUCCCUGUAAGAUGAAGCCAUGAGGGUUGGUGGUAAACCUACUCCCAUGUGAACUAGAUGCCAUUUGAAGCAAAGUGAGACUGUUAAGGAUGCAUUUUUCCACCUUCUACACAGACUGUCUUCUAGGUUUAUCUUGUCAACCUAGUUAUUGAUGCCAAGUGUAAAAAUACUAAUAAUGUCAUAGGAGGCGGCUUCCUUCCCCAAAGUGCAUGCAUUGUUGUUGACACGCAUGCCCCCCACUGUACAGCACUAACACGUACUCCUCUAAACCAACUGCUUAGCUUCACCUUGCUCGUCCUGUGGACAAGUGCUACAAGUACGUACCCAAACAACACAACCCCAGUCUGCUCUCUAGAGCAGACAGCAACAGAUGCCAUACCUCUAAAAAUUAAACUAACCACUAAAGUUGCACUUCUGUUCAUUUUGGAGACCAAAUCCACCAGCUUCAUGUAGCCAGCAGAGCCUCUGUCAAAGCUCAGCUCCACAUCUGUUGGGGUGGCUGCAGAUUUCAUGUGUGAUCUUAUUGUGAGCCCAAGUUGACGUCGCUAAAUGCUUCGUUUUUAUCCUAGUCAUGUUUACAGAAGUUUGGGCACAUAACUAAACAUUAUUGAAGUUGUUUGUUGUGUUGCUUGUGUUUGCUAAUAUGCUUUUAGGGCCAUUGAGAGAGAAAUCACAUUUCAUGUGAGUCUUCCUUUACACUCAGUUUUUAAUUUAGUCUUGUAUUUGGCUACUUUGAUUCGGGGGUCACCUGUUAAUUUUUAUGGACAGAAUUUCUGGGUGCAGCCAUGGGCCAGAGGGGGCAGCUGAGUGCAACGCUGUGGUGAAUCAGUGGUUAGAAGUGGAGGAGUUCAAAUAUCUUGGAGUUUGGUUCACGAGUGAGGCAAGGAAAGAGCGUGAGACCGCCAGGAUCGGUGCAGCGGCUGCAGUAAUGUGUUCGGUGUACAGAUCCAUCGUGGUGAAGAGGGAUUCUCAAUUUGCCGGUGAGUCUACGGUCCUAUCCUCACCCAUGGUCAUGAGCUUUAAGUCAUGACUGAAAGGACAAGACCGUGGAUACGCGUGGCCAGUUUCCUCCAUGGGUAACUAGGUGCUGCCUAGAGAUAAGGAGGUCGGAGCAGGGCGCUGCUCCUUCACAUGGAGAGGAACCAGCUGAGGAGGCUCAGGCAUCUGGUUUGGACGCCUGGAGGUUUUCUGGGCGUGUCCCACCGGUGGGAGCCCCUGGGGAGACCCAGGACACGCUGGAGGGACUGUUUCUCAGCGAGCCUUGGAACACCUUGGGGUCCCACCGGAGGAGCUGGAGGAAGUGUUGGAGGGAGAGGGAAGUCUGGAACUCUAUUCUCAGGUAGAGUUCCAGCCCCAGACGAGCAGAUGAUGGAUGAUUCGGGGGAAGGUACAGUUACAGUACCAGUACGUUAGUGAUUCGUGCAACGUUCUGUUAAAUUUCUUACCACACAGGUGAUUUGAUCAUUUUAACAAACCUUAUUGAUAUUGUAGUUUAACAUAGUACAUUUCAUGUUAUUGUCUUAUACUUUAUACUUUUUGGAACCAAUGUGGAUCUGUACAAGACAAAAAAAACAAUCCACUACAGAUUAUAAAGCCAAGUAAUUCAUUGUGGAAAUGCUUUGGGAGAUCUUCAUUGAUUUGGCUUCUGAGAGGUUUUGCUUCCAGUCACAAGAGAGGAGUCAUACUGAGGCUGAUUUUUAGCAUUUCAACUGUUGAAGGGAGUGAAGGCUUUUGGCUUUUUGACAUUAAGUUUUUUUUUUUUUAUGGUUUACUUGAGUCGUGCAGGUGUAAAAAGGUGAGCGCUGUGGAGAGUCGUUGUCCAGUGCAGAGUUCUGUUGCCUGUGCAUAUUUCCAGGGUGAUUUUUUUUCUUUUUUUUUCACCCGUAGUAAAUAAACUACUGGUGUGUCUAUAAACGGCAGAGACACUGCUGCUAAAACACUUCUAUUGCCUGGAAAACUGCAAUAAACACAAUGGAUUCGUGUAGAACCAGCAGCCAAGCUCCCAUUUUCAUUUUCUGACUUGCAACUGCUUUUACUCAAAUCUUGAUUUUAUUUUGGAUUUGCGUUGAUGGUUGACAUAUCAGCUUGUUCUGGAACAAACACUAACACAAAAGUCAUGAUUACAUCUAACAGACUUUAUUCUCGAUUGCCAAAACCUUCCCAUAAUGUCAGACAUCAUUUCAGAUAUUUAUUUGUCAGCGCGUCUCCAAUAACUCCACACGCUUUGUUUAAAAAUAGCAGCAAGAGAGAAGAGCAUGGACAGAAGACAUAUUAUUUUUUUAAUUCUUGUAAAUAACUCAUUGAACAACAAAAUAAACUCCUAAUGUGAAUUUAUGCCUGUUAACAAUUGUACAUACAUUUAUUUUUGUUAUUUAUGUUUCAUAGAACCAUGAGACACAACAACAUUGCUACAAGUAAUGGGAGCUCAACCUUGGUCAGUUUAGGUUUCAAACCUCAACUGUUGGUCAUUAGAGUAGCUUUGAAUGCCAAUGCUAAGUUAGCAUAGACCAGUGACAAUCCCCACAAAUAGCUGAUUAGUUUUUUGGUGGUGAAUCAAUAAAUGGAACGUAGGAGUAGAAGAACUAGUUUUCAUCGUAGAAGCUGAGUCUUUGUUUUUCUUUUGGACGUGUCACUUGAUUCCUGAGGACGAUCUGUAAAUCUGACUUAUGAAAUUCAGCCAAAUAAAAGAAAACAUCUUACUGGUUUGAUGUUUUUCUGUACAUUCAGACAUGUGGAGAUACUUUUUAACCUGCUGGUGACAGUGGGUGUGACCAGCUCUGUUUGUAUCUUACCCUGCAGCGCAGCCUAUAAAUAGUCCUGUAAACCCAUUAAAAGCUUUGUCUGUCUCUCAAA